AUGGUCACUCCCACACUCGGGCAGACCUACGUCGCGACCCACCAAGGUCACACAUGGCCAGUCGUGCUCUGCGACGCCGGCGCCACUCCCCGCGGGUUCCAAGAAAGCCGCCGCGACGACAGCCACCUCGCAGCGAUCCAGCUCGGCCGAUACAAGUACAUCUGGGUCUCCCCCCAGUACCUCAAAAAGUACCGAACCGGUCGAGACUACCUCAAAGACACAUCACCGGUCGGACACACCUCCUCCAUCUCCAGCGAGGCCCUGCAAAAGCAACGCGAAACGGCCUUCACCCGCGACGCCCCCGAAUCCCGCAACGACAAAUUCUGGCAAAGAUUCAUCAUGGCAAAGUCAGAGGCCCGGGAAAUCACAAAGGAACAACGCCGCAACGACUUGUGUCAACCAAACGACGACUCGACUACCCAGUCCAAUCCCUCAUCAGGCGAAAAGAUCGCCGCUCUCGACACUUCUUUAUCGACGACUGCUUUGGUCAAGCUAGCGGAGGAGUUUUGUGCUCUACCUGACCCGAACACGGCGUCGAAAGUGGAGCUGCAGGAUUGGAUCGUUGACCGCAUGGUCGAGCGCUGGGACGAGUUAAGAACAGCACACCGCGAUGAUCUGAACCGCAUCUUUCGUCACAGCACGCUCAAGCAAGCCGUACAAGCGAGGCUGGAAGCACUAGAAGUCAGGAAGAGGACUGCUUCUCAGCUUUGA